AUGCUAUGUGUAUGUGUAUCAAUUUUAAUAUUAUUAUCAUAGCUAACAUUAAUUUUGUUAUAAUAAAUAGAAUUUUAACUUAAUUUAUUUUAUAUAAUUUGUAUAAAUUUGUUUUUUUUUUUAAAUAAAAAUUAUCGUUAAUUUGUUUAAAUUGUUAUUCUUUUGUAUUUAAAUGUUUGUUUUCAUUAAACAAAUUUAACUUAUAGUAGUAAAAUUUUAAAUAUAAUACCUCAUGUCUGGUAGAGAGGAUACGGAUCCGUUUGAUUACUUAUUUAAGAUUGUAGUGAUAGGAGAUUCGACUGUUGGCAAGACCAACCUGCUCUCCAGAUACGCCUGGAAUGAAUUUAACCUGGACAGCAGAAGCACCAUCGGUGUUGAGCUUGCCACGAAAUGGUUGAGAGAGUUGAGAAGUCACGUGAGCGACGACGUCAUCGUAAUGUUGGUUGGCAAUAAAACGGAUUUACGUCAUUUGAGAGAAGUUUCGUCGGAAGAGGCCGCUGAAUACGCAGGCACGUACGACAACAACAUGACAUUCAUAGAAACCUCAGCACUGGAUUGCUCGAAUGUUGAACAAGCUUUCCGACAGUGUAUUCACGAAAUUUACACAAAGGUUACAAAUAAUGGAGCUGUUAGCUCGGACAUCUUGCAGUCCAGUACACUGCCAGCCUUGACUGUACAACCGACCGACUCGAAUAAAAAAUCCUGCUGUUCAUCAUGAGCAUUUAGAUAAUUUUUCUAAUUAACAUUGAAGAAUAUUUUUAUAAGUUUUAUGAGUUUAUUUUAAUCUAAACCAUCUUUAGUUUGUUUUAUCUUUAUAUUUCCAUGUUUCAAUUUGCCGAGACCAUAAGCCAAAAUUUAUUAUUUUCAUUUUUAAUCGAAAAAUUAAGAAACUCUGGAUUGGUGAUUAUCGUCAAACUCGUACUGUUGAGACAAAUUAACUUUUUAAAUUAAUUUAAUUUUUCAAAAUUUAGUUGAAUGAAUAAAAUAUCGAAUUUGUG